UGCCAAACUGAAAGGGAGUUUUCCUCCAUCUCUGUCGCUGAGGGAAGCGGUCAUUAGGGGCCAUGAGUUGCUGCUGGGGCUACCGUCAUUGUAUCCCUCCGACGCGGAACACUUAAAAUGGGGUCUAUGUUACCAGCUACCAUGGCCGCCAAGCGGCAAGCCAUGCUCUAAUCGCCUAGGCAACAACCUUUCUGUGACCUACGACUUCCUGUCUCUACUUCCUGCUCUGGCCACACCCCUUCCUUACCUGUCGCCCAACCUGAUUUCAAACUUGCCUGCUUCCUUUCCUAAUAUUCUCCCCUUUCUCUUGUUUUCUUAAUAAGAUAACCCCUCCUAUCCUCCCUUCCUCCCUAACCAUGGCCAACAGGUUUCUCCACCUCCCCUCCAUCCCACUCUCACUAUCCCUCUCACCAUCCAUCUUCCUCUACCUUCUCCCCCCAUUACUUCUUCUCCUCCACCUCCCUGUGUCCGUCCGGGGGGACUGCUGGCUGAUCGAGGGGGAUAAAGGCUACGUGUGGCUGGCCAUCUGCAGUCAGAACCAGCCCCCGUACGAGACCAUCCCCCAGCACAUCAACAAUACGGUCCAUGACCUGAGGCUGAAUGAGAACAAGCUGAAAGCAGUGCUAUUCCACUCCAUGUAUCGCUUCACCAACCUCACGGACCUCAACCUCACCAAGAACGAGAUCUCUUACAUAGAGGACGGGGCUUUUACCCAUCAGGCCAACCUACAGGUCCUCCAGUUGGGUUACAACAAGCUGACCAACCUGACAGAGGGGGUGAUGCGGGGCCUGGGCCGCUUGCAGUGCCUCUUCCUCCAGCACAACCUCAUCGAGGUCAUUGACAACAAAGCAUUCGAGGAGUCCAGCUCCAGCCUCAGCAGCAUCGACCUCUCGUCCAAUAAGCUGGCCCGGAUCGAUCCGUCAACGUUCACCGUGCUAAACCGGUUAAUGGUCUGCGAGCUGGCAGGAAAUCCUUUCCAUUGUGGAUGUGAUCUGUAUAGUUUUCUGACUUGGUUGGAGGCAUUUAAUAACGUGACACAUACAUACGACAGGCUGCAGUGCGAGACCCCCGGCGAGCUGUUUCUCUACCCGCUCCUGAGCCCCGUGGCCGGGCACGGGCGCAGCGCUCGCACCAUGCUCGCCACCAUCUGUCGCGACGGCAUGAUCAUACCCGGGAUCACGUCUCAACCCGGCACCGACUGGGAGGGCUCCGGGAUGGGCCCGGAGAUGGACGGCCGGGCCGGGCCGUAUCAUCAGCCGACAGCGUCGUCCACGGCCGACCCCAACUUCAACCCCAGCAUCAAACUCCAAUGGGUCAGUCUGUCUGCAGCCAAGCUGAUGGUCCAGAUCCCUAAACCAUACAGCAAGAUGUACGUCCUGGUUCAAUACAACCAGAGCUUCGUCUCGGACAUCCAGAACCUCAAGGAGAAGAAGGAGAAGGUGACGUUGGUGGAUCUCAAACCUCACACCAACUACACCUACUGCGUAGUGUCUAUAAGUAAAAACCAGCGCAACAACCACACGUGCAUCUUCUUCGCCACGCGAGAGGCUGGCACUGACGACCACCACGCCAACCCGUCAACCAUGACGCAUUACAUCAUAACGAUCCUGGGGUGCCUGCUGGGGAUGGUGAUCGUGCUCGGGCUCGUCUACUACUGCCUGAGGAAGCGUCGGAUGCAGGAGGAGAAGGAGAAGGCGAUCAGCGUGAAGAAGACCAUCUUGGAGAUGCGGUAUGGACCGGAGGCUGCAGCACAGGCAGCUAACGACCCGGCAGCCAUGCAGCAUCUCCAGGAACAGGCCCAGAACCAGGGGCACCACGGAGGUCACCUCCACGGAGGAGGGGGUGGCGGUGGUAAUAAACUUCCCCCCUCCACCUCCUCCAGCUCCGGCAUGCUCCACGGUUCGGCCAACACCACCUCCUCCCGCCUCUCGACGCUCCCCCAAGUGGAGAAGAUGGCCACGGCGUUCGGUGAAGCCAUGGCAACCAAUAAAGGGAACUAUAUGGACGUGAGGACUGGGGCAGGAUUAUCAGGAGACGGGGGAGGAUUAUUACUGGCAGGGGGAGGAGGAGGGGAGGCGAUACUGGUGGAUAUGCGAGGCAUCAACGGUUGCAGUGAAGAUGGAAUGGACGUUGGGAAUGAUUCGGAUGACGACGGGCACGGAUCUGCGUCGGAGAUCUCGACGAUCGCCAUGGAGGUCGACAAAGUCAACCAGAUUAUCAACAACUGUAUCGACGCGCUCAAGCUCGACUCCCUUGUUGCCACGACAACAUCUGGCGACAACCCUACUUCUCCUCCACCUGCUUGUAUCACCUCCCUCGCUCGGAACCUCAUCCCCCUCUCCCAAGGCCUCGCUGACACCUGCCAGAUGCUCGCCUCCUCUCCCAAAAUCCAUGCCCCUCCCGCGAUGACCCCCGUCCCCCUCGUCAUGCCCCUCUCGGAGCGUCCCGGAAUCAGCGGAGGGGGAUUUCUCUCGCCACCCUACAGGGACCCACCACCGGCGAAUGCCGUACGACCCUUACAGAGGCAGCUGAGCGAUACAGGUGUGGUGGUCAUGGGUGCUGGGAAGAACCGAUGUAGCGUGUCCUCGGCUGGAGGAUCCACGAAGAGCACCAGGGUCUUCAGUCUGGAUGUCCCAGAGCCCCGAAGCCCGGGGCCCAACUCCUGCCCUCCAUACCCAGAGAAGGGGAGCCCUGUUGGGUGUGGGGAAACCAUGGAGAGGCUCCCUCUUGUGGGUGGAAAUGGUAGUGGUUGUGGUAGUGGUGGUGAUGGAAACGGGAUGGGUUGUGGUGGUGGGAACGGAAUGGGAGGAGGGGUUAAUGAAGGUGGGGUGAAUGUCAAUGGAGGUGGGGUGGGUUGCGGAGGGGGAGGGAGAGGAGGGGGAGGCCCGGGAAAGCAGCAGCAGCAUCAUCAUCUGGAGGUACAUCCAGACUACCACUGUUCUGAGCACAGGCACUCCUUCCCCGCCCUCUACUACGAGGGAUCCAACGACUCCCCCUCUCCCUCCCCAUCCCAGAAGGCCUCCUUCCUCAAACCCCUGGGACGUACCAAAAGGGACCCUGCCGCCUACUCCCAGCUCUCCCCUUCCCGGCACCACAACUACUCCGGCUACUCCUCCAGCCCCGAAUAUUCCUCGGAAAACACCCUUCGAAUCUGGGAGAGGUUCCGGCCACACAAGAAAGGCCCUCGCGACCCUCGCGAAGAGGCGACGUAUAUCGCUGCAGGCCACGCCUUGAGGAAGAAGGUUCAGUUUGCGAAAGACGAGGACCUCCAUGAUAUCCUCGACUACUGGAAGGGGGUGUCGGCCCAGCAGAAGCUGUGAGAGAUGAGGAAGAGGUGUAACCUAGAGGAUGGCAUACAGAAGGAGAAGACAGUGAUGUCAUAAUUCUCAAGAACUCCCAGACAGUGAAUGGACCUGAAUGACACAACUACAACUGUUGGCUCCCAUGUGUACUUCCUGGUCUCUUUUAUGACAUCAUCUGUCUUCUCAUUCUUUAACUUAUCCUAGGCUGUUACAACAGCAGACUCUGACAGGGGAUGAGGAGGAUAGUAGUGGAAGUUAUGGGGGAGACAGUAUGUAGUAGUAGUAGUAGCAUGACAUGGGGUAUUGUUUUUUUCUACAGUUCCACAAUGGAACUACAGGGGUUCCACAAUUCUACAAGUCGUUCCACAGAAAUUCCACUGUUCCAUUGCGGAUUCCAUCAUGGUUCCACAAGAGUUCCACAGUUCUACAAUGGUUCUACAGAGGUUCCAAAGUUCCAUAAAGGGUUCUAUAAUGUCUCUGUAACAGUUCCGUAGGGGUUCUAUAGUGGUUCCAGAAGUUUCAAAGUUCUACAUGGAGUUCCAUAAUGGUUCCACACUGAGCUUCUAGGUGGUUCCACAUUCUCUUUUUUUCCAGGUUUGGGUAAACAAAAAAACAACAAUAUAUCAGAUUUCGUUUUGUCUGGCACAUUGGUCCUUGCAGACUACCAUAGAAAGACAGAGCCAGGGUGAUGAGGACUCAGUAAUGACUGCAGAGUCCUGUCACUAGCAGGUGUCCUAAGACUCAUUACAACAUAUCUCCCAACAACAAGCAGCAGCAUUACUCGGCUUAAACCCUGGUCCCUUAAACAGCACAGUUCAUAAUCCCAUCAACAUUCAAUUCAUUCACUAAACACUGGAUGCAUCCCAAGUGGCACCCUAUUCCCUGUUUUCUGCACUACUUUUGACAUGGGCCCACAGGGUUCCCAUAGGGCUCUGGUCAAAAGUAGUGAGCUAUAUAGGGAAUAGGGUGCCAUUUGGGACGCAGAGUCAUUUCACUCUGCAGCCCACCACCUGCCUCCCUAGCAGCGUCAUUUAGAGAGAUAAUUGAAAGGGGAUGAGGAAUUAGCAGUGUUUGCCUCAAUCUCUUCUACUUCCUUCGGAGGAGGGGGGAGAGAGGAGGGAGGAUGGAGGGCAGAAGGAGGACAAGGAAGAGGGGGAGGAUAUUAAGCGAUUCUUAUCGUGUUAAUUGUUCUCGGCUGUAAUUAGCCCAGGAACAAAACAGGUGGAGAUGCUGGCGUGGGUGGACACGCACCGAGAGGUGUGGACGGUGGGAACCAGGCCCUGGAGCCCCUCUCUGUGUUUAGCAGGAGCGUGCUUAUCGAUUGGAAACACCUACACAUGUUUUACAGAGUGUGGCAUGCUGAUGGGGCGCUCCGCCAUUUUGCUUUCUCCUUCUUCUUGGCCUUUUCUAUAUCAGACAUGUGGAUUGAGCAGAUACAUUGCAUUCAGAUAGCAAACAAGGAGGAAGGGACGUUUACACACACACACGCGCACGCACACUCUCCGUGUGUGUGUUCAGAUUACUAUGAAGUAAGCCAUUUUCCAGACCUACUUGCUAACAUUUCCCUGGCUUCGAGCCAAUUUGUUAUUUACAGGUAUAGCAUAUUUUUCUUUUGAUAAGAAAGUCAAAGCUUCCUUCAGGGGAAGAUUAAAAUUUACAUUUCAAUAGUGCUAGUCAUGCAAAAACCACUUUAGGCUGGGUUAGGAGAGGUGGAGAGAGACGAGUGUUGGCUCCCAUAUUAAAGCAGAAGGUAAUCAUGUCGGAGAAGAGAGAAGGUUCCUGGCGGAACACACAGACCUCACACAAGAAGUUACAGCUGAAAUUAAAGACAAUGCUAGUAUGGUGAUGUUUAGAAAAGCUAGAGUGCGCAAGGGUUCAUGGUCUAUUUUAGAGGGAGUGAGAGCGUGAGCGAGAGAGAGAGAGAGAGAGAGAGAGAGAGAGAGAGAGAGAGAUGGAUCUCUAUGGGGAGGUCAACGAGAUCAUAUAGCAGAGCCAUAGAUAUAAAGAGUUAGUAAAAAAUCUAUCUUCAAUGUUGGCAGCAAACGCUCCAUACAAAAACCAUAGUGCCAAAUAUGCUAUUUAUAGUGGCAAUAUAUGGACAUAGCCCAAUUGUUAUAUUUUGUAUUGGUCUUUUGACCAAUCAUAUCAGCUCUUUUCACAUCCGAUUUUUUCAGAUCCGAUCUGGUUUGAUGAAAUACAAAUUAGUGACGAAAAAAUAUAAUAAUUGUGUUUCCUGUUUAAACUGCCUGGUUUCUGGUCUAUAUGGAGGUGAUAGAGGUUAUACAGUGCCUUGCAAAGUAUUCACCCCCCUUGGCAUUUUUCCUAUUUUGUUGCAUUACAACCUGCAAUUUAAAUAGAUUUUUACUUGGAUUUCAUGUAAAGGACAUACACAAAAUAGUCCAAAUUGGUGAAGUGAAAAAAAAACUUGUUUAAAAAACAGUGGUGUGUGCUGUGUGGUGUAUGUAUUCACCCUCUUUACUAUGAAGCCCCUAAAUAAGAUCUGGUGCAACCAAUUACUGUCAGAAGUCACAUAAAGUCCACCUGUCUGCAAUCUAAGUGUCACACGAUCUGUCAUAUGAUCUCAGUUUAUAUACACCUGUUCUGAAAGGCUCCAAAGUCUGUAACACCACUAAGCAAGGGGUACCACCAAGCAAGCGACACCAUGAAGACCAAGGAACUCGCCAAACAUGUCAGGGACAAAGUUGUGGAGAGGUACAGAUCAGGGUUGGGUUAUAAAAGAAUAUCCGAAACUUAGAACAUCCCACAGAGCACCAUUAAAUCCAUUAUUAAAAAAUGAGAAGAAUUUGGCACCACAACAAAUAUGCCAAGAGGGCCGCCCACCAAAACAGGCAAGGAGGGCAUUACUCAGAGAGGCAACAAAGAGACCAAAGAUAACCCUGAAGGAGCUGCAAAGCUCCACAGCGGAGAUUGGAGUAUCUGUCCAUAGCACCACUUUAAGCUGUACACCCCACAGAGCUGGGCUUUACGGAAGAGUGGCCAGAAAAAAGCCAUUGCUUAAAGAAAAAAAUAAGCAAACACGUUUAGUGUUCACCAAAAGGCAUGUGGGAGACUCCCCAAACAUAUGGAAGAAGGUACUCUGGUCAGAUGAGACUAAAAUUGACCUUUUUGGCCAUCAAGGAAAACGUUAUGUCUGGCACAAACCCGACAUUUCUCAUCACCCUGGGAACACCAUCCCUACAGUGAAGCAUGGUGGUGGCAGCAUCAUGCUGUGGGGAUGUUUUUCAUUGGCAGGGAAACUUGUCAGAAUUGAAGGAAUGAUCGAUGGCGCUAAAUACAGGAAAAUUCUUGAGGGAAAACCUGUUUCAGUCUUCCAGAGAUUUGAGACUGGGACGGAUGUUCACCUUCCAGCAGGAAAAUGACCCUAAGCAUACUGCUAAAGCAAAUCUUGAGUGGUUUAAGAAACAUUUUUAAAUGUCUUGGAAUGGCCUAGUCAAAGCCCAGACAACAAUCCAAUUGAGAAUAUUUUGCCUUGAAGUAUGGGCAACAAUCCCAGUGGCUAGAUGUGCCAAGCUUAUAGAGACAUACCCCAAGAGACUUGCAGCUGUAAUUGCUGCAAAAGGUGUCUCUACUAAGUAUUGACUUUGGGGGGUGAAUAGUUAUGCAUGCUCAAGUUUUCUGUUUUUUUUUUGUCUUAUUUCUUGUUUGUUUCACACAAAAAAAAUAUUUUGAAUCUUCAAAGUGGUAGGCAUGUUGUGUAAAUCAAAUGACACAACCCCCACAAAAAUCUAUUUUAAUUCCAGGUUGUAAGGCAACAAAAUAGGAAACAUUCCAGGGGGGUGAAAACUUUCACAGGCCACUGUAUAUUACAUUAGCUACAUGUCAAUUGUGCCCCUCUGCUAACAGAGGAGUGGAGCUAUAGAUCAACAUGCUCUCAUAACACAGAUACACUGACCAGGGAGAUGGUUACCCCCCGUAUGGGGUCCAUGCUGGUCUCUGAAUGUGCCCCUCUGCUAACAGAGGAGUGGAGCUAUAGAUCAACAUGCUCUCAUAACACAGAUACACUGACCAGGGAGAUGGUUACCCCCCGUGUCCAUGCUGGUCUCUGAAUGUGCCCCUCUGCUAACAGAGAAGUGGAGCUAUAGAUCAACAUGCUCUCAUAACACAGAUACACUGACCAGGGAGAUGGUUACCCCCCGUAUGGGGUCCAUGCUGGUCUCUGAAUGUGCCCCUCUGCUAACAGAGGAGUGGAGCUAUAGAUCAACAUGCUCUCAUAACACAGAUACACUGACCAGGGAGAUGGUUACCCCCCGUGUCCAUGCUGGUCUCUGAAUGUGCCCCUCUGCUAACAGAGAAGUGGAGCUAUAGAUCAACAUGCUCUCAUAACACAGAUACACUGACCAGGGAGAUGGUUACCCCCCGUGUCCAUGCUGGUCUCUGAAUGUGCCCCUCUGCUAACAGAGGAGUGGAGCUAUAGAUCAACAUGCUCUCAUAACACAGAUACACUGACCAGGGAGAUGGUUACCCCCCGUGUCCAUGCUGGUCUCUGAAUGUGCCCCUCUGCUAACAGAGGAGUGGAGCUAUAGAUCAACAUGCUCUCAUAACACAGAUACACUGACCAGGGAGAUGGUUACCCCCCCGUGUCCAUGCUGGUCUCUGAAUGUGCAAACAUGGACAUUGAAUUUUGAUAACGUAGAUUGAACUUUAAAAAGGGACUUUAAAAAGGGAUCUAUAUAUAUAUAUAUAUUUAAAUUGGUUGAUCCUUCCUUCCAUAUCCAUACUGUGGACUGAGUUAUAAGAUUUGCUGGAAGAUGGAGCAAGGUUUGGUGAUGCCUCUAGAUCUGGGGACUCAUUUGACCCAAUAUAUUUGAUGUACUUCAGUGGAUGCCUCAGUGCUACUUAUAGACCUACAGCAUCCAAGUCUGGCCUUUGUGUAACGUAUAUUACAUUUAGUUCUAAAAUAUAUAUUUAGGUUUAGUGUAGUAGAUUCUAUAGUGAUACUUCACUUUAGGCCUACCGCAUCACAAAUAUAUUUGAUUUAUAUUAUUUAUUUUAUUUUUGAUAUUGUCUAAUGGAUUUAUACAGUAUGGCCUCUCUGGACUCAUUUCACCCAUAUUAUCUGAUGUACUAAUGGAUGUCUCAGUACUACUUAUAGACCUACAGCCUACCUGUCUGGUAAACCCAUUAGAUUUAAAUAUCAUAUAUUUUGGGGUGAUUAUGUCUAAUGGAUACAGCUUCGCGGUAUUGACCUAUGACCUAUGACUCCUUGCACUCUGCUUGAAUUAACGUUAACGUUAAUUGGCAUUCUGAUCUGCUCAUCCGUUCUGACUGGAAUCAUGAAUCAUUGCUUUGUUGUUAUAUUCUUAUACUCAGAAUGACAUUACUGACAUAUAAUGAUAUUCAUAGACUCAUUAUUGGAUCUCUCUCUCCCUCUCUCUCUCUCUCUCUCUCUCUCUCUCUCUCUCUCUCUCUCUCUCUCUCUCUCUCUCUCUCUCCCUCCCUCUCUCCCUC